UCGUGUAUGUAACAACGCGAGCCGCACAGCACGGCAUUUUUAUAUGUAGCAAGCACGUUAUCGCUGACAAUACAUAAAAAAAGUGUAUGUUACGUGUAUUAACCUGCUGCGAUCUAAUUGAAUGAGGUGCGAGGUAGUUUAUCGAGUGACGUGUACAUGUGUUUAUUGCAAUAACAGAGAACAAUAAUAAUGGUGCUCGAGCAGUCAAGCGAACAUCCGAGCGAGAAGUGCAAUUGGCAGAAGGAAACAAAGGCCCGGCCGAUCGCUAACCAACAAAGCAUCUCGGGCGAGGAUAUCCACGUCAGCGACGACGUUAUGCAGCAGCGAAGCAACAACGGCAUGAGAGCCCUGAUCCUCGUCGGGGGCUACGGUACCCGGCUGAGGCCGCUGACCCUUAGCCGGCCCAAGCCGCUCGUCGAAUUCGCCAACAAACCCAUGCUGUUUCAUCAGAUCGAGGCCCUCGUCAAGAUCAACGUCAGACAGGUCAUACUAGCUGUUUCUUACAGGGCCGAGACGAUGGAGCAAGAGCUCAAGGAAAAAGCUGACAAGCUGGGAGUCGAGCUGAUAUUCUCGCACGAAAGUACACCCCUGGGGACUGCCGGGCCAUUGGCGCUUGCAAAAGAUAUUCUUGUCAGUACCAGCGAUCAGCCCUUUUUUGUGCUGAAUUCUGACAUCAUUUGUGAUUAUCCAUUCAAAGAGCUCUUGGAGUUUCACAAAAAUCAUGGCAAGGAAGGCACGAUUGUUGUUACCAAAGUAGAAGAACCUUCCAAGUAUGGCGUUGUUAGUUAUAAGGAAAAUGGUGAAAUCAAAGAGUUUAUUGAAAAACCUAUUGAAUUUGUAUCUAAUAAAAUAAAUGCUGGCAUAUAUAUUUUAAACACUAGUGUAUUAAAGCGAAUCGAACUUCGUCCAAUGAGUAUUGAAAAAGAAAUUUUUCCACACAUGGCCAAAGAAGGUGAGCUUUACGCAAUGGAAUUGCAAGGCUAUUGGAUGGAUGUUGGACAACCAAAAGACUUUCUUACGGGCAUGUGCAUGUAUUUAAACAAUUUAAGACUGAAAAAACCAGAAAAAUUAUCUUCUCAUGUCAAUGUGGAAGGCAAUGUUUUGAUCGAUCCAACGGCAAAGAUUGGAAACAACUGCAGAAUUGGACCAAAUGUCACCAUAGGACCUGGCGUAGUGAUUCAUGAUGGAUGCUGCAUAAAGAGGACUACUAUUUUGAAAAAUGCAGUCAUCAAGGAGCACUCUUGGCUAGAUAAAUGCAUCAUUGGCUGGAAGAGCAUUGUUGGUCGUUGGGUGAGAAUGGAAAAUACUACUGUACUAGGUGAAGAUGUUAUUGUAAAAGAUGAACUUUACAUUAACGGAGGUCAGGUAUUGCCUCACAAAAGUAUAACGGAUUCUGUGAUAGAACCACAAAUUAUUAUGUAAAAGAGAUGCAAUGAAAUGUAUUAUUCAUAUUGUAAUAUUUUUGUAAACUAAGUAUUGAUACUUUUUCAUAUC